ACAGCCAAUUAUCUCCAGCUUUGCGCACCUUUCACUUGCUUUAAAAGCUGUCAUAGCCUGUCUUUGUCACAACUGUCACUGCAACACCAACAUGAUGGCUUCGGUUUGGCUCGUGGCUGUUCUGGUAAAUGCUGUCUUGAUAGAAAAAGGCCUUUGUGUUCCUGUUGGCGCUACGAAAGGCCAACCUGCUGUAACAAACGUGGAAUUGAUUGACAAAGCAAGCCACAGUGACUUCAGCAAUGACAAAAAGAGCUACAAUAUGACCAAGGACCAGCAGAACGAUGAAGCCUUCGACGACCACCACAAGGGCCACAACGCCACCAUGGGGCAGCAAAGCGGUGAAGCCUUGGCCGACCACCAUGAGGGCUACAAUGCCACAAAGGGUCAGCAGAGCGAUCAAGUCUUUGACCAUCACAAGGGCCACAACGCCACCAAGGGGCAGCAGAGUGACGAAGCCUUCAAUGACCACCAUGAGGGCCACAAUGUCACCAAGGGGCAGCAAAGCGAUGAAGCCUUGGGCGACCACCAUGAGGGCCACAAUGCCACCAAGGGGCAGCAGAGCGAUGAAGCCUUCAAUGACCACCACGAGGGCCACAACGCCACCAAGGGGCAGCAGAGCGAUGACUCCUUCAAUGACCACCACAAGGGCCACAACGCCACCAAGGGGCAGCAAAGCCACGCAGUCUUUGCCUACGACCACCAUGAGGGUCACAAUGCCACCAAGGGGCAGCAUAGCGACGAAGCCUUCAAUGACCACCACAAAGGCCACAAUGCCACCAAGGGGCAGCAGAGCGUCGACGCCUUGGCCGACCACCAUGAGGGCCACAAUGCCACCAAGGGGCAGCAGAGCGACGACUCCUUCAAGGGCCACAACGCCACCAAGGGGCAGCAGAGCGACGACUCCUUCAAGGGCCACAACGCCACCAAGGGGCAGCAGAGCGACGACUCCUUCAAGGGCCACAACGCCACCAAGGGGCAGCAGAGCGACUACUCCUUCAAGGGCCACAACGCCACCAAGGGGCAGCAGAGCGACGACUCCUUCAAGGGCCACAACGCCACCAAGGGGCAGCAGAGCGACGACGCCUUCAAGGGCCACAACGCCACCAAGGGGCAGCAGAGCGACGACGCCUUCAAGGGCCACAACGCCACCAAGGGGCAGCAGAGCGACGACGCCUUCAAGGGCCACAACGCCACCAAGGGGCAGCAGAGCGACGACGCCUUCAAGGGCCACAACGCCACCAAGGGGCAGCAGAGCGACGACGCCUUCAAGGGCCACAACGCCACCAAGGGGCAGCAGAGCGACGACGCCUUUAACGACCACCACAAGGGCCACAACGCCACCAAGGGGCAGCAGAGCGACGACUCCUUUAACGACCACCACAAGGGCCACAACGCCACCAAGGGGCAGCAGAGCGACGACUCCUUCAAUGACCGCCACAACUCCACCAAGGGGCAGCAAAGCGAUGAAGCCUUGGCCGACCAUCAUGAGGGCCACAACGCCACCAUGGGGCAGCAGAGUGACUACACCUUCAAUGACCACCACAAGGGCCACAAUGCCACCAAGGAGCAGCAGAGCGACGACUCCUUCAAUGACCACCACAAGGGCCACAACUCCACCAAGGGGCAACAGAGCGAUUCGGUCUUGGCCGACCACAACGAGGGCCACAACUCCACCAAGGGGCAGCAGAGUGACGACACCUUCAAUGACCACCACAAGGGCCACAAUGCCACCAAGGGGCAGCAGAGCAACGAAGCUUUCAAUGACCACCACAAGGGCCACAAUGCCACCAAGGGGCAGCAGAGCGAUUCGGUCUUGGCCGACCACAACGAGGGCCACAACUCCACCAAGGGGCAGCAAAGCGAUGAAGCCUUGGCCGACCACCAUGAGGGCCACAAUGCCACCAAGGGGCAGCAGAUCGACGAAGCUUUCAAUGACCACCACGAGGGACACAACGCCACAAAGGGUCAGCAGAGCGAUCAAGUCUUUGCCUACGACCACCACGAGGGUCACAAUGCCACCAAGGGGCAGCAGAGCGACGAAGCCUUCAAUGACCACCACAAAGGCCACAAUGCCACCAAGGGGCAGCAGAGCGUCGACGCCUUGGCCGACCACCAUGAAGUCCACAAUGCCACCAAGGGGCAGCAGAGCGACAACUCCUUCAAUGACCACCGCGAGGUCCACAACGCCACCAAGGGGCAGCAGAGCGACGCUUUCAACCUACGUAAAGAUAUGUCUGGUUACCAGAAUUACAAAAUGGAUGAUGACUCUGAAGACGGUGUGUUUACAGUGAUUGUUUAGUCUGUGGUUGUCUCCAUUUGCAACAAUAAAGAAUUUUCCUAACCAGCUAAACUGUCUCUGGGGGACUAAAACAUAAACUAAUGCCAGGUUUCAUCUGGGGAGAUUCAAAUGCGCCAUGGUUUUUGUCACAUGUGGGAU